CAGUAAAGAGAACACAAGAGUGAAAGUGUUAUAUUCAGGUUAUCCUUUUUUUUCUCUAAUGAGUGUUUAGUGAGAGGAAGAAAAGAGAAAAGAGAGGAAGAGCUUGUGUAGUGGAUGGCGGAUCGCCCCACUAUUUGUAUUCUCCUUACUUUUCGCACAAUCUGAGAGAGAGCGCAAUACCUCGACACUCGGCACCACAGUCGUAUGUCGUAUGGCACUAUUUCUGUCCUUCAAUAUAAUCUUCAGCUUACCUGUAAGAACACGCUAUCUAUCUGUAUCAGUUAUGAGAGAACCACACUGUAUCAAUGUUAUGUUGAGGUUAUGUGAUAGAGGAACGCGUGGAUGAAUUUAUGAUAGAAAUAUAUAUAUUGAAGUAAGCAUAAGUAUAAGUGUAUGCUGAUCUAAAUCCUCAUUCUAGCAGUGUUACAUUACAACAACUGACAUUACUAAAAAAUUAACCUUGACCUUGUAACCCAAAAACAACAUUCAUAUUCAAGGGCACAAUAAUAUGGACCUCUCCAUUUUUAAUUUUUUGCUUCAGUAAAUUCUAUUUUCUUCGUAACGGCCGUUUCCAGGUCAUGGGUAUACAAAAGAGAAAGAUGUGGAGUUUUCCUAGAAAGAUAACAAGUUUAGAUGUCGACUGAUUGACUAACAAACUGAGAUGUAUUCUGGUCGAAAGGAUGAUAGCAAGGCAAUGGAUACGAAAAAGAAAAGAACGAAGUCAAGUUGGAGACCUAAUUCAACUUCUGAAUCUGACGAUAGCAGUAGUAAGAUCGUUCCAGUUUCAAAAAGAAGGAGAAUAGACGUUUUUGAUACAUCUAGUAGCGAAGAUAGUAUUCCAUGCAGUUUUAUCUGUUCUGCUACAUCUGCAAGUACUUCUAUUAAUGAUAUAGGUGAACAAGAGAAUUUAUUUUCCUUUACUGAAGGCACUGGGCCACAGCCAUCGCUAACUAACAAAUCUAAACCUAUCGAUUAUUUUAAUUUGUUCAUCGAUUCAUUCCUGCUAACAUUAAUGGUUCGCGAAACGAAUAAGUACGCCGAACAAUUAAUAAAAUCACGUAAAAUCACCCAAAGAUCUCGAAUGAAACUAUGGAAACCAGUUACUUUGCUCGAAAUAAAGGCGUUUAUAGCAGUUUUAUUGGAAAUGGGGAUAACGAGGCGACCAACGAUAUUUUCUUAUUGGACCGAAAAUUCAAGGAGCAUACCCUGGUUUUCAAAAAUGUUUUCGCGAAAUAGAUUCCAGCUUAUUUAUCAAUGUUUUCAUUUAGUCGAUAAUAAAGAAUGUUUCCCACCAGGCCAUGAAAAGUACGACCCAUGCCUAAAAUUUAUGCCAAUAGUUGAACACGCGAAUAGAGUAUCCAAAUUAAUUUCGACGCAUGCUUCAAAUGACAAUACCAUAGUAAUUAAAAAACGAAAUGAAAACGAAAGAAGUGGAGCAAAACCAUACAUAGGUGACAGUUAUAAUAGUUAUAUGAGGGGAGUUGGCAAAUCGGACAAAAUGUUAUACGUCUAUCUUGAUGAACGCCGCACGGUAAAAUAUUGGAAAAAAAUUACGUUUCACAUCAUUGCCCGUAUGGUAUUAAAUUCCUAUCUAUUUUAUAAGGAAGUUAGCAAAAAGAAGCCAAUGACUCGAUUGGAAUUUACAUCAAGUAUUAUAUCUGAAAUAGAGCAUGAAUGGAUGCAAGUCAAAAAACAACAUAUGGUAAGUGAUAAUGACAGAAUAUUUGGCUUAAUGAAACUACCAGGCAGAAAUUUAAGACAGUGCGUAGUUUGUAGCAGUAAAAUUAACGGUAUAAAACGAUCGAAUUUAAUUUGUAUGCAGUGCAAAAAAGGGCUUCAUCCAUUAUGUCUUCAUAAACAUGUCUGUUUUAAAAAUAAUGAAUGUCAUGACCCUGUAAAACCAUGACUAUAAUUUUAAUGUCUUUGUGUGUUUACAUCUUUGUGUUCUGAUUUAAUAUAUAUUGUUUAUUUGUUUCAUUUAUCAUCCUAAUGGCUGAACUAAAUAAAAGACUUACUUCUAAAUAUGACAAUGAACAUUAGUAAUCUAGUUUUAUAUCUACUAUAAAUAAAAUAUUAUAUUGUUUUUUUUAUAUUUUCAAAAAUUUGUACUAUGCAGAAGUAUAUGUAAAUAAAAAUAAAUUCAACAAAAACAGCUUAUUUAUGCAGGUGGUUUACGAUUAUUUG